AUGCAUCGGCCCUCCGCCCUCCGCCGUAUAAAGCGCGCGCGACCCUCCCGGCGCUCGCAGUCACGACCCACGUGCGCCCGCGCCGCCCUCUCGCCACACAGCAUCGCGAUGAUCGCCGAAAUCCGGUCGUUCGCUUCGGCGUCCCUGACCACGUCGCCCGCGGCGCCGCGCGCGCUCCCGCGGGGCUUCGAGUCGUGCGAGUUCACGGUGGGCGAGCUGGAGGCGGCGCUGCGGCGGCCGGGCGGCGGCGGCGGCGGCGAGUGGCGCGCGGCGCGGCUGGGCUGCGCGGCGGGCGCGGCGGCGGCGGCGGCGGCGGCGCCGCUGGCGGGGGACGUGGCGUCGCGCGGCGCGGAGCUGGCGCUGGCGGGCGCGGGCCGGCUGCGGCUGCGGCUGCUGGCCGACGCGCCGCCCGGCCGCGCGCCGCCGCUCUGGUUCGACGAGGGCUUGCUCGCCGCUCUCGACAUGCCCUUCCUCACUCUGGCUAACAUUAAAGGCGGACGGAGCUACGCGUGCCACGAGUGCGGCGCUCUAUUCGAGCGCCCCAACCCGCUGAAAUUGCACCUGUUUCUGGCGUGCGGCGCGCACGACGCGGCCGCGGUGUGGCGCCGCGCGCUGCCGCUGCUGGCGCGGCGCCUGCAGCCCGCGCGCGAGCCCGACGCCGCUCGCGAGCCCGACGCCGCCCGCGAGGACGCCGCCCGCGAGCCCGACGCCGCGCGCCUCGAGGCGCUGGCGGCCGCCUGGGGGCGCGCGCGCGGCGGCCACGUGUGCGUGUACUGCGGCAAGCUGUACUCGCGCAAGUACGGCCUCAAGAUACACAUCCGCACGCACACGGGCUACAAGCCGCUGCGCUGUCGCUACUGCCUGCGCGCGUUCGGCGACCCCAGCAACCUGAACAAGCACGUCCGCCUGCACGCGGGCGCGGGCGCGGGCGCGGCGGCGGGCGCGGGCGCGCACGCGUGCGGCGUGUGCGGCAAGCGGCUGGUGCGGCGCCGCGACCUGGAGCGCCACGUGCGCGCGCGCCACGCGCUGUGUGCCGUCCCGUAG